AUCCAUCAUCUCAGCUCAACACUGGAAGAAGACGAUUGAUAGAAUGAGAGUGUAAGCGCGGCUCAGUCAUGAUCUCCCACUAACAUGUCAUCUGUAGCCUCAGCCUCCGCCUCCCCGGUAGGAGGAACCAGGUCUGUACCACACAGAGGGAGCUGCUGAUCCUUCUCUAGCGCUCAGUCCUGCACCUCAUAUUCCUAACGCAGCAACCAAUCAGGACCGGGGCUACUGGAGGCUGCUAAUUAGAUCAUUGGAUUUUAUUUGUUCCAUCAAGAGGACAGAAAGAGAAGGAAAAAAGGGACAGGAAAAAAAAAGGAUGUAACUCAUUUCUGGGAAGGAAAACCUGGAAUUUCUGGUCCCCAGGGCCUGUUCUGGAAAAUACUGGGGCAUCAUCGCGAAGACUGGAAGGGGUCAUUAUACUGAAGAUUGGGAGAUUUCAUCAUCUUCUAUUCAUCUUCACUAGGCACAUCUUGGUGGGGGAGAGGAGGGCUGGGGAAGGGAACCGACAAGAUGGAAGCCUAGUGCAGCUGCACAGACAAAUGGCUCUGAGAGGAAAACAACAAGAGGACAGUGGCAGAGAGAAGGAUGGAGGGGACGGCAGCCUGUGAGAGGUUCCCUGCACUGCUGUGUGACCAGAAACCAUAAUUACAUCACAAAGGAGAAAUUAUUUCACUGGGAAAACAGAGCUAGCAGGGGGGUGGGCUGAGAGACAGAGAUACACACAGUGAGUCCGGCGCAGGGGGGGGGGACAUUCAUCCAUGGCCAGUCAUAGAGGAUGCGGCAUCCAUCUACAAGCCUGGACCUCACUGGGAGCAUCUAUGUGCCGCGGGCCAUGCAGGGGCUGAGGGGGGAUUUCUGCUUCUUCUCUCUGGACUAAGGGAUUAAAGGCAAGACGCAAAUUUCUCAUCCACUGUCAUCAGCAAAUGCUGAAUAUUCUAUAGAAAUCUCUUGUAUUUUGUGUGGAGGCGAAGGGGGGAGUUCUGUCGUGAUUAAAUCCCCUCAGAGAUGCAGGAGGGAGGAGGCGGAGGAGGAGGCGAGAUGUGAGCCAGACCUGGAGAUGGGGGAAAUAUCCGUCUGAUUACCUUUAUGGAGGAAGCUCAUUCGCACACUGCUGAAUACCCCAUGGCAUGAGAGUGAGAUGAUAAUCCUGAAAGAAUAGUAUUAAAGUAUGAAAAUUGAAAAUGGUCACCCACCAUUGCAGCCGAAGGAUGCUUGGUUUGAAGAUUUUUAGAAUGAUUUUGAAGCAAGUUUUACUAAUCUCAUGGGUCACAUCCCUGGCCCUGGGAGGUACAUCUCCAACUUCCUGCCCUGCUGCCUGUUCAUGUAGUAACCAAGCAAGUCGAGUGGCAUGUACACGGAAAGAACUGGUGGAAGUACCGGAGAGCAUCUCUGUGAAUACGCGAUACCUGAACCUUCAGGAAAAUAUUAUUCAGGUUAUCAAAACAGACACUUUCAAGCACCUUCGUCACUUGGAAAUACUACAGCUCAGCAAAAACCUAAUUCGAAAGAUUGAGGUGGGAGCUUUCAAUGGACUUCCAAAUCUGAGCACAUUGGAGCUUUUUGAUAAUCGCUUGACCACUGUUCCUACUCAAGCUUUUGAAUAUCUGUCCAAGCUGAGGGAGCUGUGGUUAAGGAAUAACCCAAUUGAAAGUAUUCCCUCCUACGCUUUCAACAGAGUUCCUUCUUUGCGACGGCUUGACUUGGGGGAACUAAAGAAAUUGGAAUACAUUUCUGAAGCUGCUUUUGAGGGUCUUGUAAAUUUAAGAUACUUAAACCUAGGCAUGUGCAAUUUAAAAGAUAUUCCGAACUUAACAGCAUUGGUCAGGCUGGAAGAACUGGAGUUGUCUGGAAAUCGCCUAGAAAUGAUUCGCCCAGGUUCCUUUCAAGGCUUGACAAGUUUAAGAAAGCUUUGGUUAAUGCAUGCUCAUGUAGCAACCAUAGAACGCAAUGCCUUUGAUGAUUUGAAAUCCUUGGAGGAACUAAAUCUUUCUCACAACAACUUAAUGUCUCUUCCCCAUGAUCUUUUUACACCUCUUCACCGCCUGGAGCGAGUGCACCUUAACCAUAAUCCUUGGCAUUGCAAUUGUGAUGUGUUGUGGCUAAGCUGGUGGUUGAAAGAGACAGUACCUAACAAUACAACUUGUUGCGCUCGUUGUCAUUCCCCACCAAACCUAAAAACAAGAUACAUUGGAGAAUUAGAUCAGAGCCAUUUCACAUGCUAUGCCCCAGUUAUAGUGGAGCCUCCAACUGACCUCAAUGUAACUGAGGGCAUGGCAGCUGAGCUAAAAUGUAGAACUGGCACCUCAAUGACAUCUGUAAAUUGGUUAACACCCAAUGGAACAUUGAUGACCCAUGGCUCUUACAGAGUUCGUAUCUCAGUUCUACAUGAUGGGACGCUUAAUUUUACAAAUGUGACAGUACAGGACACAGGUCAGUACACUUGUAUGGUUACAAAUUCAGCAGGGAAUACAACAGCUUCUGCUACACUUAAUGUGUCUGCUGUUGUAGAUCCAGCAACCACUGAUUAUACAUAUUUUACUACUGUGACUGUGGAAACUAUGGAUUCAUCUCCAGAGGAAACAAAGCCUACUGAGAAAGAGCCUGGUCCAACACCAACAGUUCGAUGGGGAAUAACAUACUCUACAACAUCACUUACUCCCCGUAGCACACGAUCCACAGAGAAGACGUUUACUAUUCCAAUUACGGAUGUGACAGGGAACAGCAUGAAAGAUCUAGAUGAUGUUAUGAAGACAACAAAGAUUAUUAUAGGUUGUUUUGUAGCUAUAACUUUUAUGGCAGCAGUUAUGUUAAUUGCAUUUUACAAACUGCGUAAACAGCACCAGUUACAUAAGCAUCAUGGGCCAACACGAACUAUUGAAAUAAUCAAUGUAGAAGAUGAAAUACCAGCCACUACCCCAGGAGACAACCACAUGGCCCUACCAGCUAUUGAGCAUGACCAUCUCAACCACUACACUGCAUUCAAGGCUCAUUAUAAUAAUAAUACAGGAACCCUUAACUGUGCCAAAAACCCAAUGCUUAAUUCCAUCCACGAACCCCUUCUGUUCAAAAGCAGCUCAAAGGAAAAUGUGCAAGAAACACAAAUUUAGCUCAAUAUGUUGAGACUUUCUCUUGAAAAUUCCAUAGUAAAAAAAAAAAAAUCCAGAGUGAAUAAGACAAAUUGUUCUUUGAAAGACUCACUGGGUUAGACUUAACUCAGUAUUCAUCUUUCUGUUUCCAAAUCUCCAUUGAAACAAAUGAGCCACCCCAAAUGACGCACUGACAUAAAUUGAAGACUCUUUUGAUAACUUCAAAGGGAUAAUUCACUCUCCGACUACCUGAUGUAUUAGUAAAAAAAAAAAGAAAAAGAAAAAAAAUAUAUAAGAAAACGGGAAAUAGUUAUGAAAAAGAAAAAUGUAAGAAAAAUGCUUAUUUUGUGGUACAGCUCUUAUGUGUAAAUUCUAUUUCAGAUCUAUUUUCAUCAAAGAAAGGUGUUAUGGAACAGGACAAACUCAAUCAAGGAAUUACCUAAGUAGGUUUUUUUUUUUUUUAAUUAGUAUCACUAAGGAAUUUCUGAUGAAUAAUCCUGCUUUGUGACAAAGAAACUGAUAUGUUUUGUCCACUUAGAACAUUAUAAAGAGAUCUGUUUUUUUUUCUUUGUUUUGUUUUUGUAAUUCAUUCAUUGCCAAGGGUGCCUGCAAUGAGAAAGAGAAGCAAUGCAGUACAGGCCCCAGACUGUAACAUGGGUUAUUUGUCAUAGCUUGGACAAUGCUUUAUAAGCUAUGGCUUAUCACUGACCACACAACAUCAUCAUCCUCUCCAGAGGCUUUUUCGCUAUGAUUUUUAAAAAAAAUAAUGAAAUAAAAUUACAAAAUAUCACAAGAGGUGUUUACAGCCUUCAAGAAGAGAACUUUAUUUUCAAAGGUACUGUGCCAUAUAACCCUUUACAAAUGUGCCAAUUAUCUCCAGAACUUUACAGAAAAGUAAAACUGUAUGAAAAAAAAAAUGGUUUUUACAAAAUAUUUUAGUUUUUGGGAAAGGAGCACGGAGUACUUUCAAAUUUUAAAUCUUCUGCCACAGGAAUAUUUGGGCCAGUUAUUUUAUCUGGAUUUCUAUAAAAAAAAAAUGUAAGGUGUGUGAAAUCAAUUUUUAAGUUUUGUUUUUGUUUUGUUUCUGGGUGGGUGAUUAGUUGAUUUUACAUUUUUAUUUGGAGGUUUUGAUUGGGUGGGAAAUGUAUUCUUGUUAUAUGAAGAGAAAAGCGUAUGUUAUACCUGAGGCUCUUUAUUGAGACAGAAAGUGACAAUAUUAGUUGGUGCCAAGAGUCUGCAACAAAAGAAAAAUAAAAAUAUAAAAAAACA